AUGCAGAAUAUUGUCCGAACAACAGACGCCUUCCAGCCCCUCCUGCUCGCCGAAGCCCUCAAGGACAGGGGGUCACACACCAGUGGCAUCUUCACCCGAGAGAUGAAGGAAGCAGCCAUGGAGUUAAAGGCUAAGGAAGACAUCACUGUGCGACAGGCAGAUAAGACAGCUGCCUUCGUCUUAAUAAAAACAAAGGAAUACCAUGAGAAGCUCGAUGCUAUCCUGUCCAACUCCUCAAAGUUUGAACGUCUCACACGGAACCCCAUGGAAGACAUCAAAAGGGACGCCAACCAUGUCAUCAGUACCAUCAACACGUCAACCAACGCAGUCCACCUUUCUCCCAUCCAAGAGGACUUCAGCCUUGGUUACCUCUACGGGAACGUGAAAACCCAUAAGGAAGGCAACCCCCUCCGCCCGAUCAUCAGCCAGACACCUGCCCUGACUUACGCCUUGGCCAAGCGCCUCAAUCAAAUUUUACUCCCUAUGUCCCGAGCCGCUAUAGCCUGA